GUGGCAGCUACUAGUUUGAUGGGCAACCGAAGAGUAGUACACUCUGCAGAGAUAAGUGUACCACAAUUGCCUGUAAAUACAUUACACGGAGUGGGAAGUGGGAGCUUUUCCCAUUUCUUGGUAUUCUUUUUCAUCCCAGCACUGCAGUCUGCAGCACUAUCACUAUCAUCAUCAACCUUCAAUCCUUUGGCGUUUCCCUAAAUUCAGAGCUAAUCAAUGGCCGCCUGAAAAUCUCUUCAAAAAUGCGGCUGCCGCCCAUUCGAACACCAAAUCCCAUCUCCAAACUGACACCCACCGCCCAAUCCCGCCGCCCGAAAGACGAUGACGAAAAUUUCCUAGCGAUGCUGAAUGACGUUGUGCGGAGCAAGCAGAGCUGGACAAUCUCUCUCGACAAACCGUCCAUUUCCACUCGCCUCAGACCGCUUCACGUUGAGAAAUUCAUCCUCCAGAAUGUCCACGACUCCAGGUUAGCUCUCCGCUUCUUCAAUUUCCUGGGACUUCACAAGAACUUCCGCCAUUCGACGGCGUCGUUUUGCUUGCUGGUUCACUCUUUAGUCCAGUCGAAGCUUUACUGGCCGGCGUCAUCGCUUUUGCAGACCCUUUUGGAAAGGAAGGAGGACCCAAGUUUCGUUUUUCGGAUUUUUUGCGAUUCUUAUAAAAGAAGCGAUUUUUGUUCGGCGUAUGGGUUUGAUUUGCUGGUUCAAAACUAUGUUCAGAGUAGGAGAGUUUUGGAUUCUGUUCUGGUUGUGAAGUCAAUGAAGGGAUGCGGUUUGUUUCCGGAAGUGAGGACUUUGAGUGCCGUGUUGAAUGGACUGAUCAGAAUAAGAAAAUUUGAUAUGGUUCUUAGCUUGUUUGAUGAGAUGUUUGUCCGUUCGGGGCUAAAACCAGAUGUUUAUGUGUACACUGCUGUUAUUAGGAGCUUGUGUGAGUUGAAGGAUUAUGAUAGAGCAAAGGAAAUGGUUAGUUGGGUUGAGAAGAAUGGGUGGUGCAAAUUGAAUGUGGUUACAUAUAAUGUGUUGAUUCAUGGGCUGUGUAAGAGUGGGAGAGUCUGGGAGGCUGUUGAGAUUAAGAAAAUGUUGGCACCUAAGGCUUUGAGAGCUGAUGUAGUCACUUAUUGUACAUUGGUGCUGGGAUUAUGUAAAGUGGAUGAGUUUGGGAUUGCACGAGAUUUGGUGGAUGAGAUGGUAGAGUAUGGAAUUGUUCCUAGUGAGGAGGCUUUAUCGAGUGUUGUGGAUGGAAUGAGAAGAAAAGGGGAUGUUGAUACUGCUUACGAUUUGAUUGAUAAGGUGGGGAGACUCGGGGAAAUGCCUAAUUUAUAUGUUUGCAAUGCUAUGGUUCACUCUCUGUGUAAAGAUGAAAAGUUGGAAGAAGCAGAGUUGCUUUUCACGAAGAUGGAGGAAAAGGGGUUGCUCAUUAAUGAUAUAACUUAUAACAUCAUCAUCAAUUCGUUCUGCAAAAGAGGAAAACUGGAUGAAGCCAUCAUCUUUCUUGGUAAAAUGCUCAGGGCUGGAAUUAAACCAACAGUUUACCCAUAUAACAUGUUAAUCAGCGGGCAAUGCAAGUUGGGAAAACUGAGUGCAGCCGAGAAACUGUGUAUUGAGAUGAAUGAAAAAGGAUUGAGCCCCACUGUUGUGACAUAUACAUCAUUAAUUGGUGGCUACUGUAAGCAUAAAAAAGUGAAUAAGGCAUUCCGGCUUUAUCACGAGAUGACAGGAAAAGGGAUUUCCCCAAAUGUUCAGACAUUCACGGCACUUAUCCAUGGUCUUUCUCAUGCAAAUAUGAUGGAUGAAGCAUACAAUUUGUUGAAUGAGAUGCAGGAAAUGAAUGUCGCCCCUAAUGAGGUAACAUAUAAUGUUCUAAUAGACGGAAGCUGUAAAUUGGGUAAUAUAGCAAGAGCCUUUGAGUUAUUUGAUGAGAUGGUGAAGAAGGGUCUUGUACCAGAUACGUAUACCUACAGGCCCCUAAUCACCGGGCUUUGUUCUACAGGUAAGGUGUCUGAAGCCAAAGAAUUCAUGGAUGACCUGCAGAAGGAACAUCAUAAGUUGAACGAGUUGUGUUAUUCUGCACUUUUACAUGGUUACUGCAAAGAAGGAAGAUUGAAGGAUGCACUGAGUGCUUGUAACGAGAUGAGGGAAAGAUGUAUUGGCAUGGAUCUUGUAUGCUAUGCUAUAAUUAUUCAAGGAAUUCUUGAACAAAAGGAUACAAAAUUAUUGAUCAGCAUUUUGAAGGAGAUUCAUGACCAGGGAUUGAGGCCUGAUAAUGUUUUCUAUACUAGUAUGAUUGACAAGUAUGGGAAGGCUGGAAAUCUUAAGAUGGCUAUGGCUCAUUGGGAUCUUAUGGUCAAUGAAGGGUUUACCCCAAAUGUUGUGACAUACACUGUAAUGAUAAAUAGCCUAUGUAAGGCAGGAUUUGUUGAACAGGCAGAUAUUCUAUGCAAUAAAAUGUUGAUUAGUGGCAUAAAUCCUAAUGAGAUAACUUACGGAUGCUUUCUUGACCAUCUUACGAGAGAAGGGAAUAUGGAAGAGGCUAUACAGUUACAUAAGGCAAUGCUUAAAGGGUUGCUUGCUAACACGGUCACAUACAAUAUGAUAAUUCGAGGUUUUUGCAAGUUGGGUCAAAUUCAGGCAGCUUUUCAGACUCUAGUUGAGAUGACACGUAAUGGCAUAUUUCCAGAUUGUAUAAGUUACUCGACUAUAAUGUAUGAAUAUUGUAGGAGGGGUAACUUGCAAGAAGCCUUCAGGUUAUGGGAAUCGAUGCUAAACAGGGAUCUUAAGCCUGAUGCACUGGCCUACAAUUUUCUGAUAUAUACAUGCUGCAGUACUGGUGAAUUCCGCAAGGCUUUUGAAUUGCAUGACGAUAUGAUAAGAAGAGGUUUAAAGCUAACUGGGGCUACCUAUGCUUAUCUUAUGCACCAGACACGCUUGCCAGGAUCAUCAUCUCAGCCACCCACCAGCUAGUCUCAUAGUGAAUGACAAUGUGUAUUAUUCCUGGUAUCAGAUGCAUAGGCUUGUUCAUACAAUUCAUCGCUAGUGAUCUCAAUUUUGAUCGCAAGGCACAGGUAAAGGUUUCAGGUCAUGAUUUUGCUAAGGAGUUUCAGAGAUUGUAGGAUAUAGUUUGACACUGCACAACAUAGAAUAUAUUAGAGAAGGAUGUAGAUUACCAACAUAGGCCUGGUGAAGUCAAAGACCAGCCGCGAAACAGUAACAUGGCAGUGGGGUUAUACAUGA